GUAAGAUGUGUGGUUGCUAGGAGAGGUGAGGCCGUCAAGCCCAGGAGCGGUGGACAGUUACAGGGAAUUUCAGUGUGGCCUGCUAGCUGGCGGUCGUAUGGCCAAUGGACCCAUCAGAAGAAUAUUCUGCAAUAAAUACCCUGUCAACAUGUUAGUUACCGAAGAGUAAGAACUAGAGUAAUGGCCCUUGAUGGCAACUCCAAAGGUUGAAGCAUUGAGACAUAAUCAAUGUGAAACUAAUAAUCUUACUUGUGCUAAUACAGAGAAAAGAAAGAAAUCAACAAGUGGAUGCCAAACCUCCCAAAUCACAACUCUUUGGAGAUUCCAUAGACAGUAUGUUAAUGUGACCCAUAGACCAUUUAAUCCUUUGUUUGAGAAGCAAUAUACAGUAGAACUCAAUCUAAACAACAUUCCAUCGCCCCCAUCUACAGCACCUCCUGAUUUUCUUAAACACCCCAGAUAUUUGCAUUACACUUUUGAGAGGACAUUGGUUUUACAAAGACCUGUGAAUGGCAGUAAAACUUGCCAAAAUCUAGAUCCCCUGUACCCAGGGACGAAGAUUGUGGGACCAAGGCCAUAUUUCACUUCCAAACACAGACUUAGAAGAUCUCCUACAAGUGCCAAUAUUAAGAGUGCCAUGACUUCAUCGUUAGUAGAUCAGUUUCACUUGCAAAGUGCAGCAAGGGAGCCGAUGGAAUCUAGUCUUAGGAGCUCCUGUAGCAAACAUAAAAAGCUGCCUUCUAAUAAUUCUUUACCUGUCCUUGUUACAAACUCAUUGUUCCGACCCAACAGUGUAAAAGUGCCUUUGCAUCCCAACCUGGAGAUUAAGACAAAGAGCACAUCUCAUGGUGGCAGAAAUCCUGCUUCAUGCCUGGAUGGAGAAAGGGAAAACUGGGAUCAGAAUGGUGAAGUUUGCCACAAUUCUAUUAGCACAGAUACAAUCUCCUAUAAUGCACCUUUAGCAAAUAUCUGUCAAGGAUUAGUAAAUUUUAAAAAGGAGGGAACUAUGUGGCAAGUGGAUAGUAGCAAAACAGAUGAAUUACAGCAGAAGCUGCAUCCCACUGAAGAGGUUAGACUAUCUGAAAAUAAGGACUUGUUUGAUAACUUUGCUAUUUUACAUCCUGAAGCAACAUCCAAUCUGGUUUGUCAUAAUCACAUUGUCUAUCCCAGCUGCAAGAACAAAACACCAUCUGCCUUACAUCCAAAUAGCGAGAAAGAAGUUGGGUCUUGCAACAUGGAAUCUAGUGCUUACUGCCUUAAUGGUAACUUAAGUCUUACCAACACCAGUAGUGCCAAUGUCUAUACAAAACAACCUAUGAUUACUAACUUGUUAACUGUUGAGUCUGACAUAGAUCCAAGUACCUCAAGUCAAGUUGCCAAUGUAUGUAUAUUGAGCAGUGUAUCACAACAGCAUUUGGUGAGAAGGAACAAAGCACAAGGAGAGAACAUAACUGUCAUGGCUUCUCAAAUUUCUACUAUUCAUCUUGAUAAAACUUGUGUUCAAGAACCCCAUGUGAAGUCUGUGAAUCUUGAACAAGAACAAAACUUUUCUGUGACCAACCUUGAACCAGAUGAUGGAGAAGAGGAACUUCCAGAUGGCUUGUAUGAUAGUCAAGAGGAGGAGAAUGAGGAAGAUGAUGAAGAAGGUACUGUGGACAGUUCCUCCCUCACAGGCUCUGCAUCCUUAUAUGCUGUAUCCAGCUCAGUGGAAGGGAGAAUGGAGCUUCUGCCAUUGCCACAGAGAAAGCUGCUGAAGUGGCGAAUGAGUACCGUAACUCCAAAUGUAGUAAAGCAAACUAUUGCAAGGUCCCACUUCAGAGUCACAAAAAAAAACCACGAUUGGUUGGGAUGUUGGGGUCACCAUAUGAAGUCUCCAGCUUUUAAAACUAUUCGAUACUUUCAAAAGCUGAACCAUUUCCCAGGAUCCUUUCAGAUUGGCAGAAAAGACCGUCUGUGGCGGAACCUUUCCAAAAUGCAAGCACGUUUUGGGAAAAAGGAGUUUAACUUCUUUCCACAAUCAUUUGUUCUUCCUCAGGAUAUCAAGCUUUUGAGAAAAGCCUGGGAGGAAGGAGGAACCCGACAGAAAUGGAUUGUGAAACCGCCAGCUUCAGCUAGAGGAAUGGGCAUUCAAGUUAUACACAAAUGGAGCCAACUACCCAAAAAAAGACCACUGCUGGUGCAAAGGUACCUGCACAAACCCUACCUCAUAAGUGGGAGCAAGUUUGACUUGCGGAUCUAUGUUUACGUAACGUCUUAUGAUCCUCUAAGAGUAUACCUGUUUAGAGAUGGCUUGGUGCGAUUCGCUAGCUGCAAAUAUUCCUCUUCCAUGAAGAGCCUUAGCAACAAGUUUAUGCAUCUGACCAACUACAGUGUGAACAAAAAGAACGUUGACUACAAGGCCAACUCUGACCAAACAGCUUGCCAGGGGCAUAAAUGGGCACUGAAGGCAUUAUGGAGCUACCUUGACCAGGAAGGCAUCAACAGUGAUAAAAUCUGGGAAAAAAUCAAAGACAUGGUGAUAAAGACCAUUAUCGCCUCAGAGCCAUAUGUGAACUCAUUGGUGAAGAUGUAUGUACAAAGCCCUUACAGCUGCCAUGAAUUGUUCGGUUUUGAUAUCAUGCUGGAUGAAAACCUUAAACCUUGGGUUCUGGAAGUAAAUAUCUCUCCCAGCCUUCAUUCCAACUCUCAACUGGAUAUCGACAUCAAAGGGCAGAUGAUCAGAGACCUAUUAAAUCUGGCAGGGUUUGUACUUCCCAACAGAAAUGAAAUAUCUUCUCGCAAUACUGGCACCCACACAUCUGCCAGCAGCCGUGGGAAGGAACAUGUUCAUCCUGAAAUGGUCAAUGGAGAAAGGAUGAAGCGGGCAUAUUACCUCAGCCAGAAAUUGCCAGAUAAGGAUCUAUAUGCCACUAUCCUCGACCAGCUAACUCCAGAAGAUGUGAAAGUUCUAGUGGAGACAGAGGAUGAACUGUCCCGCUGUGGCCAUUUUGAACGUAUCUUCCCUACCUCAAUCUCCUCACGAUACUUGCGCUUCUUUGAACAACCUCGAUACUUUAAUAUACUUACCAACCAAUGGGAACAAAAAUAUUAUGCAAACAGGGAGCGUGGACGGGAUUUCCUUAAGAGCUUGUGCUUGAUGAAUUUCCAUGUUGGUGCAGUCUCACAGUCUCCUGUGUGGUCUUUACCAAAGUCUCACAGUGACCUCUAUCUAAAUGGAUUCAGCAGGUCAGAAGUGAUGAAAUGCUGUAAAUCUCCCAUCAAAUCAGAAGCUAAAGAAGAGGGUCUGGAAUGCCAAAAGACAUCUCCUUUCAGGCAUAGCUCUGUGGAUCUCCAACAACCGGAACUCACUGAAAGACCACACUCCAAAGUGUCAGAAUCUGCCUUGGUCAUAUAACAAAUCUUUUACUCAACUGAAUAUUCCUACCCUGUGGGUAAAAAUCUACCUCAGAAGAUAAUGUAUUACAAUGAACAGCCUCAGCAAAGACAAAGUGAGACUGUGCUAAUUUCAGAUGACAUUAGUUUACUAUACCUUUAGAUGUUUAAAUGAGAAUGCCCCUCCUUAUUGUAUGCACAUUUAUUUAUUUUUAAAACAUCCUAAUAAGUGCCUGGAGAUGAGCUCCUUAAAUACAAAUGGGAUCAAGACUUCAUAUUGACUGGACUGUUUUUCAGGAAGUGGUUAUGCAGAGCAGUUCAUUGCAUAAUUAACAGUUAAGAACUUUGAUUGCAUUCUGAUCUUUCAUAUUUAAUAUGUUAAGGAUUUUGUGAGGCCAACAAUGGAGACUUAACAUUUUGGAUAUAGGUAGUCAGGAAUGUUUGCCACAGAAUUUAUACUUAUUUUGUCAUAUGUUGUGUUAAGUGUGAGAAUUGCCAAAAUAAUAUAUUAAUAAACAGUAUAACUUUAUAUCAAA